UCACACGCGCCCAUGGGAGUCGACCCAGCCUGAUUGCCGGCAAGGAGGUCGUAGAUGAAUGAAAAGGCCAUUAGUUGUUUGUGUUUGUCCCAUUAUGUUCGUCAGAAGUGUCGGUUUUCUUUCUCUCUAUAACCGGAAGAUAUCAACAUUUUAGAAAAUUGUUAUUCUAUCAGUGCAAAAUGCAAAAAUUGUUAGCUUGAAAAAAGAGCUCGUCUGCUUACUGUAUCACGUGACCUUUGGAAUUGCCAUGCGACUUUCAUCAAACAUGGCUACCGGUAAAGGACUUGCGGCAAUUUUUACUUCGAAAAAUGUGACUUUAGCGGGGUUUACUAAGUCGAACAAUUUACAAAGUGGCAUUUUACAACGUUGUAAUGCCUGUCAAAGAUACUUAGCUACUGUGGCUUUGGGUAUCGACGUCUGGAGUCGGCAAAAAGUCGAAAAAUAUACCGUAAAUAAAUGCACGCAAUCAAAAAGGGAUUUUCACGUAACUAACAAACUCCUAAAACGUAAUUAUUACGAAAUUCUGGGUGUGUCUCGAAAUGCCGCUGCAAAAGACAUAAAGAAAGCGUACUAUCAGCUUGCGAAAAAGUACCAUCCAGAUACGAAUAAAGGCGAUCCAAAUGCCAGUAAAAAAUUUCAAGAAGUUUCUGAAGCCUACGAAGUCUUGAGCGAUGACACCAAGAGGAAAGAAUAUGAUGCUUGGGGAUCUACCUCAGAGCAAAUGGGAAUGGGAACGGGAAAUCAGCAUCAAGCUAAUAGAAAUACACGAGAUUUUAAUUGGCAGUUUAAAUCGCACAUUAAUGCAGAAGAGUUGUUCAGGAAAAUAUUCGGAGAAGCUGGAUUCAAUAGCUCAACCUUCAAUGAUUACGAGGACUUGGCAGAUUCGCGAUAUGGAUUUGGUGCGUCACAAGAGGUGAUAAUGAAUCUCACAUUCUCUCAAGCUGCCCGGGGUGUCAACAAAGAUAUUGAAUUGAAUGUCGUUGAUACUUGUCCAAAAUGUCAAGGUUCUCGCUGUGAAAUAGGAACUAAGCCGAUCAAAUGUCAAUACUGCAAUGGAACGGGGAUGGAGACGAUUAGUACUGGUCCUUUUGUGAUGCGUUCUACCUGCCGGUAUUGUCAUGGAACCAGGGUGUACAUAAAAUUCCCUUGUGAUAACUGUGAAGGAAAAGGACAGGCGAUACAACGAAAAAAAGUUACUGUGCCGGUCCCAGCUGGCGUUGAGGAUGGACAAACUGUCCGAAUGGCUGUUGGAAAUAAGGAGGUUUUUGUAACAUUCCGCGUCGAAAAGUCUAGGUACUUUCGACGAGAUGGCGCGGAUAUACACACAGAUGCACAGAUUUCACUUGCACAAGCAGUUCUCGGAGGUACAAUUAGAAUCGACGGUGUCUACGAAGAGCAAACAAUUCAAAUUAAACCUGGAACCUCAUCUCACACCCAAAUCAGACUUUCCGGAAAGGGCUUGAAAAAAAUGAGCUCCCUGGGAUAUGGCGACCAUUAUGUGCAUAUCAAAAUCACAGUGCCUGUUAAAUUGACAGAAAAACAAAAAGCUCUUUUACAAGCCUAUGCAGAGCUUGAAACCGACACAACUGGAACCGUUCACGGCGUGGCAUCGAAAAAGGAUGGAACAAAGCAAAGUUACGACGGACCUAUGGAUCUGGUGGAAGCUAUAAGGGCAGUUCUGAGCGAUAAACCGCGUGCAAAGAAACUGUCAAGUCAGAAUCCUGAUGGUUUUGGUGAUAAUCGUCUUGAUGUUUCGUCGACUUUCGAAGCUCAGAGUAAAAAAGAUGACGAAAUGGAAGUGCAGCGACGGAAAAUGCCCUGACUAAAGAAAUCCAAAGUAGUUGACUUUGUUGGUUGACGUGGACUUUUCAGUGACUGAAAACUAGAUAAACUAAAAACUUUGAUCAAUCAUGCCACAGUAAAUGGUUAUGUAUGACUUAAAGUAGUUCUUGCGUUGCUCGAAAAGGAAGUUGAAGAUCUAAUGGGGUGUUAAUGUUAAACAGAGACACCCUGCGGCAUUUUUAUAGGGUAGUGAAAUCAAUGAUUUACUUUUAUCUACUUCCAAUGUACUGGUCGAUAAAAUUUUUAGACAUGUACGGAUCUGUGGAAAGAGACUCAUUAUUUAAAAAGUAUUUUUUACGCUGAUUCCAUUCUGAAAUUCUUUAAAGGAAUUAAAAUGUUAAUGGGAUAAAAAGGUAAAAGAAAAUAACACUUUUCUACUCUUUUUGAAAAUUCAUAAAAUAGUAACAAGAAAGUCGAGAAAUUUGGGAAAAUGUAUCAAAUGAGAGCUUGAACUUUAAACUUUGACCCUUUCUGAAGGAAAACAAUGUAAAAGUUUAAGUUCAAGUUUUUGCUUGUCCGAUUUAUGGUUCCUGGAUGCCAUUUCCCUAUUCGGAUUUAGUAUCAUUUAAAACAUGGUGCAACAUUAUUUAGACCAGCGAAGGAUAAAAGCUUCUUUGAUUAAUUCUAUCCGUAAAUGAUGCAAUACAAUUUUCUGUACUUUCGUAAGAACUACUUAGAAGUUUUGAGGGGCAGCCAUUUUUGCUUCGAAAGCAAUAAGAAAUGAAUAUAGUGAGAGAUAGAAGUUAUAGAAUAUGUAAAUGCAAUAAAGUAAACUACUAACGGUACAAUAAAUUUUUUCAGGACCACAUCA